GUCCGGUGGCCGGUGCUGCGGGUGGGCUGGGGCAGGGCGCGGGCGGUAACUCAUCCUUCUGCCUUCGCGCCAAGGCCAACCGCGACCCAGCUAGGGUCGGCGCCCCGCGCCACCGGAGCUUCCCGGGCCCCCAUGAAGAACCAGGAGUUUCUGGGUUCGUCCGAGCUAUCCGAUGGGCAUGAUACGACGGAAAUACCCGCCAGCUCGAGAGCUCCCCGGGCACCCUUCGUACAAGGCAUCCUGAACGUGCUGGACGAACAGGAGCCGGAGCUGGAGCUGGAGCCGGAGCCCAAGGCGUCGGAGGCAGCCACUGAGCAAGGCCGGCCAGAGGAGAUCUCCGAGGCCUAUGAGCCGUACAUCAUCUGUGAGCCCCACACACGCUGUGAGCCCCCUGAGCCCUCGGAGCUCAACGCUCCCUACGAACUCUACGAGUCCUACGAGCCCUACGAGCCCUACGAGCCCUUCGAGUCCUACGAGCCCCCGGAGCCCCAGGAGCCCCGUCAGCCCCACAAGCACCGGAAGCAUCGCAAGCCCCAGGGGCCUCGCAAGUUCCAGGAGCACCAUGCGCUCUACGACCCCCAAAAGCUCCGUGCGCCCCGUAAGUCCCAGGGGUCCCAAGUGUCCCACGAGGCCCACAAGGCCCACAAAGCCGAGCUGCCGCCCAGCGCCACCAUGGCCAUGGCUCCGUCUCCGGUGACCAGAAACCCGCCGCGGACUUCCCUGUCUUCCCGGAGCGAGCAUAGUUCCUAUGACUUUGCAAGGAAAAGUUCUUUUUCUAGGAAGAGAAUUCAAGAACUUUCUAAGCCUAAAAAACAGUGGGGAACCCCAGAUAGAAAGCUGUCUUGGGGAAAUCAAGAUCCUAUUCGCCCUGUUUGCCGUGGUGCUUUGAAGAGUCAGAUGACCAAAAGACUCGAGAGCCUUGCCCAGCCCAAGGAGGUCUCCCACAAAUAUGUACCGAACAGGGCUCAAUAUUACUACAACUGCGGUAGAGGGUCUGCAAUCUGGGAUAUCCCUCCUUUCGUUCUGAUAAGAAAACCUUCCAGAAGGAUCCAGAGGCUGUCACAGCCUAACAGAUUCAGGAAAAUACAGAUAAUGAACAGGUCCCUCAGUGAUUACAUAACAAGAGAUUCUCUUUCAUACUGUGCUCCUUCUCCCCGGAUAUUACGACUCUCAAUAGCCAAAGGCCUAAGUCCAGACUAUGUUCCUCCAAAAGAUGUUGAAACCAAGAUUGUAGCUUCUGCCCUGCAUGCUGUCGCAACUCCAAGAAUUAUAGACCUUGCCUGUCCAAAGAUCAAGAUAGAGGGUCUGUGCUAUCCAAGAGAAAGAACUGACAUGCCCAUCCGUCCCAUAACCCAAGCUGCCUUGCUAAACAUACCUAGCCCUCGAACAGUGUCUCUAGCUAAGGCCAAAACUCUUCAUCAGGAUUAUUUACCUGACCGUGAUCCCUACUGGCCAGUCUCUUACGCUGCUGCACAUUCCAAAAUAUCUCCCAGAAUUGAAGAACUAGCUAAUCCAAGUGCAAGGACUCCCAUGCACAUUGUGUACUAUGACCCAGCAGUCUUCAACGUCAAGCCAGCUGCUCUGAAAGCACAAUGUUCUCCGCGGAUCCAGGAGUUGGCAGAACCUCUUACCCGUUAAACAUGGACACCUACAUCUCCUCCUCUCUAGCUGUGUAUCUAGAAGACAUUAGAUGACUUAGUUCCCUCCUCUGGUACUGUCAGUCUGUAUUCACCCCACAACCUCAAAAACAAACGAGACCUCCAGGGAACACCGCGUGGACCAUCAAGGAGCAAUUGCUGCCGGGGCCUGGGACCACAUGUCACGCAGGUUUGGGGACUCCAGCAAUGGAAGAGACAGCCCGCCUUAUCCUUACCACCUUCUCACAAGCGUCCUGGCUGUCUCGCUGUGGUGGCUGACCUGAAGAAACACGCUUCCUUCCAUUGGCCGGUUUUGCUUUCCUCGUCCCAGUGAGAUCCACAUUCCCCAGGAGCUGACCUCGCCUGGGUCCCUUCUCUCAUGAGUCCUAAAAAUUGAAAACAGUCUGUGUUACUUGUCCAACCUCCCCUCGUUUCUGAGAAAUAACACUGAAAUAGUGGAACCUUU